CGCUCGCAUCAUCCCUUGAAUUGAGACGCCUUCCGCAUCAUUUCACAGGUUUCCGACGAUCAUUCUGCGCGCGAAACGCGUUAGAUCCCACUCAUCCCCGUGGCUAUAAUUGGUUCUCCUUUAACUACCUAAACACCUUCACGCGAUGUCUCUCUUCGGCCGGCCUGCUGCGCCAGCCUUUGGGACGAGCGCCGGGCAACCUGCUCCUACCACCAGCCUCUUUGGCCAGACUAUGAACCAACCCCAGGCUCAAACACAACCACAGAGUAGCGCGUUCGGAACGAGUUUAUUAGGGCAACCAGCGCCGCAGCAACAGCCUCAACAGCAGCAGCAACCUGUUGCUUCAUCAUUCCUGGGUGCAAGCCAGGCCGCAUUGCAAAAUAAGAGUUUAAUAUGGGAGCCAGGCCGCGAAUCAAUCAGCCACAAACCAGUGACGGAACAGAUGGAAACCAUUGUAGGAAAGUGGUCCGCAAAUAAUCCCAACACGGUCUUUAAACAUUAUUUCUACAACAAUGUUGGCCAGGCACGUGUGCCGUUUUUCCAGCCCGGCCCGGGCGAAGAUCCUCGGGAAUGGGAACAGGCUGCACACGAUAAACCCGAUGCCGGAUAUGUGCCUGUGCUGGCCACUGGGUUCGCUGCAAUAGGCGAGAGACUGAAGAUGCAGGAGAAGGCACUGGCUCAGUAUCGACAAACCUUGCAUUCUAUAAAUGCCUGUCUAGAUGCGAUUCUCUCACAUCAAGACUUACAGACAAGUGUGCGAGCUUUAACCGCGCGUAGGAAGCACGCGAUACUAAGGCAGCGAUGCCUUGCUUUAGCAACGAGAGUUCAGGUCUUGAGGAACAGGGGAUAUUCCCUAGAUAAGGAUGAAGACGAACUCAAGUCGAAGUUGGAAACGCUGGACCAAGGCUUGAUGGAUCCCGCCGUGAGUGCACGAACUGAGGAACUAUGGAGUCGGCUGUUGGUACUUAGAGGUUAUGCCGAUACUCUGCGGAAAGAGAUCGAGCGGCGGGGUCCCGAAACCCAAGAAGGACUGGGAGAAGAAGCAGAAGCGAAAGCGAAAAAGGUAACGGCUAUUGAAACCCCCACCAAGUCUUUGCUAUAGAUCUAUGAUUUGCUGACUUUAUUUAGAUUUUGGAGGAUUAU